AUCUGAUUCCACGUGCUUGUCAUUAUCAGUGGUGACAGUAGUUCAAAUGUAUCAUGCUCUUUCUUAGGUUAUGUGAGUUAAAAAAAUCGAAAAGCAACAACAAAAAUACUUAAAAGACGAAAGACGAAAUUAAGAUACUAAUUUAAAAUGUUUAAACAUAUAGUGCGUAUCAGAUGGCCGAUUUAUAAGUGUCAUUCAUUCAAAUGCUCACCGUCGGUACUUUCAGCAAUCCCUAUCAGUUAUUUGAAUGUUGAUGUAGCUCGUUCAACAACUACCUUAGUUCAAAAUCGAUUGCAUGAUUCCAAUGAAAAUAAUUUUGCCUAUAACAUUAUAUCCAAACAACUGUCACCCAUAACGUAUAUACGUCCAACAGAAGCUGAAACAUUGGAGGAAUUUGAAAGCACACUGGAUAAAUGUUGGCGAGAUGCUACAGCCACUGAAAUUGUUGAAGCCAUCAAAAGUGUUAAAAAAUAUUGUAUAAAGAACAACAUCACUAUAGAAGAUACGAGAUUUGAUAAACUCGUUGAUGGUCUGAUGGAUCACUGUGAAGAACUCACUUAUGUCGAACUUGUUGAGUUGCUGGAGUGUUUAUCAGAGCUACCUUUAGCUCAUGGCUAUGACACACACAACUUUCAUGAUGUUUGGAGCUGUUUAGAUGAUAUUUCUUGCUGGCAAAUGCUUGAGUGGAAUGUAGACCAGUCUUUUACAGUGGCUAAUUUGUGGUUCAAAUUAAGACUGGGCAGACUAUGUGAUUACAUUUUUCUUCUACUUGAUAGAUUAGCUAAGAAGGCUGACAAGUUGAGCAAAGAUCAAUUGGUCAAUGUAAUGUUCUACCUGAAUGUUUGUAGGAAAAGAUCUGUAGACUUUGAAUAUGAAUAUGCAUUAUCAAAAAAAGUUAAUACAAUGAAUAUAGAUGAGUUAGCUGUGGUAGCAAUGGGGUACUUUAAAACUAGAACAAGUAUCAAAAUACUCUCAAUAGUGGACACAAUGAUUAAAUCAGUUUGUGAAAAUGCAAAGCAAGCUCAUGAUAUUUCCUUAUCAGCAAUAUUAAAGAUCCUACGAUUAUCCAAACCUGUCAAGUUAACAAGUGAUGUUUUUUACAUGCUUGACAAAUUGCUACCAGAAAUUCCAAGGCUCUCGGAUCUGUGCUGCUUACACAUAGCACUUUUAAGUACAGGUAUCCAGAAUUACCACCCAGAAACUUUACAAAUAGUAUCAGAAAAGAUGGUGAAAAACAUACAUAACAAAGAAAAAAUAAGACUGAAGGAUAUUGAACGGAUAUUACACGUACUUACUAUGUUUGAUUAUGAUCCAAAGACUCUGCCUGAUAUAUUCCAUAGUUGUUAUAAUGAACUACAUAGUACUGAACGAGCUGAUGAAUUUAUAAGCUAUAACCGAAGCCUGGUAUCUGCUUUACACUAUUUAAGCUUGAAGAACAUGUAUUCAUACCAGCUGUUGGACAAAAUACUGAGAGAAGAGUAUAUUACCGAAGUUUAUGGAAAAGCUGCCAAAAAUGUUCCAAGAGAACUAUUUUCCUUGGAAUGUUCUAUAGACAUAGAAUGUCCAGACUACAAAGGAAGCAGAUUAUCCAAAAAAUUAAGGCACAAAGUUGCUAAAUGGACCUCAGAUUUUACUCCAUCUAAAGAUCAGGUUAAAAAGAUAUCGUCUGCUGAAGAACUAAUUUUAGAUGCUAUAGAUGUGACUACGAAUGUCGUUGGGGGCAAGGAUUUUAUAUUUGUUGAUCAUGUUCUACCUCAUUUUUCGAGAGCAGACAUAGUGGUAUGUAAAGAUAGAGAAACUGGGAAAUUCAUAAAACCGCCUGGGUUCGAGGAAUAUAUUUUAGGAGAUGUGAUGUUCCCAGUAAAAGAUGAGAAAUUGACAUUUUACUCAAUAGUCAUUCUCGGAUGGCAUAAUACUAUAAGGGAUCAAAAUACACCCCUUGGUCUAAUGUUGAUGAAGAAGAGGCAGUUGGAGAAGAUUGGAUACAAGCCGGUGUUCGUCAUAUGGAAAGAAUUUCUCAGCUUAUCAGAAGAUGGAAGAAAUGGAUAUAUCUCAAGCAAACUUAUGUGAUAUUUUAUACACUUGUUUUUGUUGCAUUAUACAUUUUUUUAUAAAUCACCUCGAUGCGAUUAAAAAACACUUUGUAUACACCUUUUGUCAUCCAGUUUGCUGUGAAUUGUGAUUGAAGCUGUCACAUUGUUUAUUAGAAAUAAACUGAAGAUUAAAGUUUUAAAGUACUUUUUCUCCACUACCUUAGGAAAAAAAAUGGACAAACCUCGUGAUAAAGUGUUUCGUCGUAAAGUGACUUUUUCAGACAUCGUGACUAGGCUACCAAAGCAGAGUUCCUCGUACGAGAAUGAUCGCAGCAAAGAGAAUCCCAGGCCAAAAAGUCGGAGCGUGUUCACCAGCUCCCACGCGGCCGACGAUAUGCAGACAAGGGACAUUCUGCGAUAUGAGGGACAGCUGCAGAGACCAUAUGUGCCGAAGCCCAUCACCGUCAAUAACUACUUUUCGGAGGAUUACAUUGACAUGUACGGAGAUGACGGCUAUAACGGUGGCACUGGCGGAACAACAAUAUCCCCGCACGGAGUGAUAACGAUGCGUCUGCGUGAGCACAUCCGUGUGGACGUCUCACUUGACAGAGCGGUGCGAGUGAUCAAUGCCAAAAACGGCAUCAUAUUGGCACUGAGCGCUAGCGGCAGCUCCUCAGGACUCGUACAUCCCAACGGCAGGGUGUACCAAUACGGAUCUAGGGUGGAGAUUUUGGCCAAUGACGCUCAGGAGAAUGAUAAGUUCGCAAAAAUGUGGUACAAAGGAGUAAGCUUCACUAGUAUGCAAUGUGCUUUGGUAUACUUGGUAGACUCGGCUGGUACAAGAACCACAACCGACUCGUUCAGUGACCUGACACAUGAUUUCACACUUAAUAUUUUCUACGAGGACUCUCCCUACUCCUAUAUUGACACUCCAAAUACAACUCAUGCUACCCAGUUGGUAAAUGAAGCUAUGGCUGUUUUACAAUCUACAACUUGCUGGAUGACAGAGGAUCGUACUACUAACUGGAUCAUCAACAAUAUACGCAUCUCUCAGACCUCCGACGGUUUGGUUCGUGUGGGUCGCAACAGCAACAAAUACUCUCUCCGCACUUCUCCCACCAAUGGCUCAGCUUCUGUUUCGACCCCUUACAUGCACUGUACCGGUUCGAUGGGGCAAACUCGCCACCUAUUUGUGCGGAGAGGGGAAAGACGCAUGCACUACGACGGUUCCACUUUCAUAGUGAGAAACGCAGGCCAUUCUGCAGGUUUCGACGAGAAACACCAACUCAAAGUAUACUAAGAUACGGGGUACGUCUCAAAUGGGUGGGAUUCGCAUCAACCAGGAGGGGCUUGCAAGCAAGUGGGUGGGACUCUGAGUAAUGUUCAAUUUUUUGUUUUAGUUAGCUUUGUCGUUUCAUUUCAGCAAAAACAAAAUUAUAGUUUCGAGUGCUCAGUCGUGUUUAUAGUGAGCUAUAAGCACAAGGUUGAGUGGAUGCCUUGGUAGGUAUAGGAGUAACAUCAUGCGUCUUUAACGACAAUAUUUCUGAAACACCUAAUUAAUGGAUUUUCACAGUUUAAGCAAUAUUUAUUACUGGGCAAGUAAAAUGUAUAGCUAGUCUUCAGUCAACAUCCUUAUAACAUUUAAUAAUACGCUAAUAGUAAUGAUGCUUUCAAAGAAGAUAAUCAAAUAGACAUUAGGCUCACAAUCAUUUACCAAGGAUUACAACUUGAGUUAUGGAAUUUAACUAACGAAUGUACUGAUAUAGUAGACAAAAUAUGAGAAAGUUCGUACCUGCUAUGCAAAUAUCACUCACUACAAUGAAUACAGAAUCAUAUCUAUUUUGUUAAUAUCUUAAUUUUUGGAUGACGUAAAAAGUGCUGUCACUUUUUUGUUUAGGAAUGUCUGAAACGUUUUACCAUCCUCCAUUUAUGAGAAUAUAGUGAUCUUUUCUAUCUGAAAAUUGUCGUGUACCAACCAAUUUUACAAAAAAGUGACUUUCUCAAAGUGUGGACGUGUCAUUUUAACCAGUAUCAAUUCCUAUUAAUUGAUUUUUAACCUGAAAAGUGUGAUGUGAAAAGUAAUAAUUUUAGAUUUACAAAAAGUGAACAACAUCGAUUUAAUGAAGUAUAGACCCGGACAUACACAUAAUAAAUAAAAGUGACAAUGUAGACCUAAACCUACUAAGUAUCUACUAGAUUUUAACUGUGAUAAUGAUGAGUGACAUGGAAAAGUAAUUGUAUGUAAACAGCAGACUGUAUAAAUAAAGUGAUGAAAAUGUAUUGGCGUUUUUUUUGUAUGCAGGCCGAAGUUCUAAAAACGAGCCCUGCCUAUGUGCUUUGUAUGAUCG